CCACUCGACUCCCUCCCAACUCCCAACCACCUUCCCUUCCACACCGAUUCCCCUCGCCUCCUCCCAACCCGCUCACUCCCGUCCCCAUCUGCCGCGAUGGCCUCAAGCCUCGCCGUCGCCGUCUCCGUCUCCGUCGCCGCGCCCGCCUCGUCGCCUUCCCCGGUCGCCGCCGCCGCCCCGCCCCGCGUCGCCCUCCGCCGCGGCCUCCCGCCGAUGUGCCGCGCGCUCCGCGCCCGCCCGCGCUCCCGCGGCCCGGCCGUCGUGUGCCAGGCCCAGGGCGGCCAGGACACCGCCAUCCAAGUUCCUGAUGUGAGCAAAUCUACAUGGCAAUCGCUUGUGGUGGAGAGCGAGCUGCCAGUCCUCGUAGAGUUCUGGGCCUCAUGGUGCGGACCGUGCAAAAUGAUAGACCCCAUCGUCGGCAAGCUCUCAAAGGAGUACGAAGGGAAGCUGAAAUGCUACAAGCUGAACACCGACGAGAACCCUGACAUCGCGACCCAGUUUGGCAUCCGGAGCAUCCCCACAAUGAUGAUAUUCAAGAACGGCGAGAAGAAGGAUGCUGUAAUUGGGGCCGUGCCCGAGAGCACCCUGAUCACGUGCAUCGAGAAGUAUGUUGACGGGAGGUGAAAUCGAACUCAAUCUGAGCCGCUUAGCCUUGGACUACAAUAUGUAGAUGGAUGGGUAUGUAUGGGUAUACCGUUGUCACUGAACUGCUGCUGAAGUAGCUAUAAGUAGAUAAUAAUGUGAGAUAACAUGGAAUAAAUGCGAUUCAAGGAUGAGAAGCCCUCUGGA